CCUGCAGCCGAAUACGAGGGGACGCUUGGCAAGUGCUAUAUAUCACGCCAUGGUCCCGAGAUCAGCUGGAUCGUCCCCAAGCUCAAGCCACCAGCACAUGUUUGUGCCACCAUGAACUUGCUUCAUCCUUUACUGAUACGGAACGGAGUCUUAUGGUAAGCUUGCGACCUCAGAAGAUAUAUGUAGCGAAAUGAGGCUGACAGUCGACAACCCGGAGUCAAUAAAGCCAUCGUGAUACCACCAGUGUUCUCCAAACACCGCUAUGCGCAAGAUGGGUAGCACGGUAGAUUCCAAGCUCAUCCAAAAAAUGAUACAUGUGGGUUGCAAACACCACCACUGCCGGAAGCACAAGGAGAUAGCUGAAGCGCUGCCUACCUUGGUACAACAGACUGCGGAAGUAUCACCGCCUGAGUUCCUGCAUUGUGGGGCGUGGCCACCACCCAACGAACCAGCGAACAACGAAGACAUUGCAGUUUCAAAAUCAACCCCAAGUCAGGGUGACCAAGUCGUUGAGGCAUAUUCGCCACAUACGCCUUUGCCCGACAUUGACGAAAACGGAUCCCAAUCUCAAGAAAGUACGGGGUCCGAAGAGGUGUCCAGUGGCUCGGAUGACGAGAUACACAUAGCGCCACCGAAGACGGCCAACCCGACUUGGGAGGAGUUAUCGACAGCUGUAAGUACCUGGAAGAUCAAAGCAGAUGAAUCGAGGCCGGAGCACGAGAUUGAAAAAUCUAGGACACCUUACUCCGUUCUAAAGCUCCUUGCCAGACAUGACGGCAAUGGUCAGCGUGGGGCCAAGGGUCCGAUCAAAAAAUCACCGAGGCAGAAUCUCUUCGAUCAGGAGAUCACAGCCGAAGGUCAAGCCAGGGUGGAAAUCACCGAGUACAUCGACAGCCUCGUUGACCACGCCGAAUACGAAGAGGCAUACGCAUGCGUGUGGCCGCUAGAAGACUAUCGUCGCGAAGGCUGGGCAAAGGAAAUGGUAGCUGCAUAUCCAAAGGAGUGUACUGUCUUCGUUGAGAAUGUUAAUGCGGAUUCUCGCGGGCGACCGAGUGAGAGGUAGGAGUCUGAACAAUGACUUCAUAUCUCUCAAUCUCGCAGAGGAGCAAACCAGGAGGAUUAAUUUGUCCAUGCCGUAGCUGUGUGAACCUCAAUAGGACACGCCAUCCCAAGGCUCGCCAUCCCUUUUCAUGCUGCAAAAAUGAAGCACCGAAUAUUGGAACCCCU